GUUAAAUGAUAUCGAGAUACUUUAGAUUUUUCAAGAACCGAAUCAUGACCAAACCAAAGAAGAACAUUAUAAGCAUUAUCGGGACCACCGGGGUCGGGAAGUCGCAAUUCAGUAUCGAGUUAGCCAAGAAGAUCAAUGGAGAAAUCAUUAAUGCUGAUUCGAUGCAAGUUUAUAAAGAUUUACCAAUAAUAACGAAUAAGCAUCCGAUUGAAGAACGAGAAGGGAUAGCGCAUCAUGUCAUGGACCAUGUGAACUGGAACGAGGAUUAUUUCAUUCAUCGAUUCAAGAAGGAAGCACAGGAGGCCAUUGACGAUAUCCAUUCAAGAGGCAAGGUUCCGAUUGUUAUUGGAGGGACUCAUUAUUACUUACAAAAUCUUUUAUUUAAUAACAAGACGGUGGGGGAGAAAGAGCCCGAGAAUAAAAGAAAAUUGAGCCAAGAUGAGUUGAAAGUAUUGGACGGACCCGUUGAAGUAUUAUUUGAAACGUUGAAUGAGAUUGAUCCCAUAAUUGGAAGAAAGUUCCAUCCAUCAGACCAGCGGAAGUUGAGGAGGGCAUUAGAGAUCUAUUAUACCACUGGCCAGCGGCCCAGCGACUUGUAUAAGGAGCAGAAGCUCGACGAGUUGGAGGAUUCGUCCUUGAAGUAUAAUACGUUAUUUUUCUGGGUUUAUUCUGAUUAUGAAGUUUUAAAAGAACGAUUAGAUGCCCGAGUGGAUACGAUGAUGGAGCUUGGUGCAAUUGCAGAAAUCCGUCAGAUGUACGAGUAUUACCAUCGUGAAAACUUGCAAAAUUGUACCAGUGGGAUUUGGCAAGUGAUUGGAUUUAAAGAAUUUUUACCGUGGUUAGAAAAGGGACAAGCGGGAGAUUUCGACGAAGGGAUAGAGCGAAUGAAGAUCCGGACUCGGCAGUAUGCCAAAUCGCAAAUCAAGUGGAUCAAAAAGCUCUUAGCGGUUGAAUUAAACAAAGAGUCUCGAUUUGGCUAUAAAUACGGAGGCAAACUCUAUUUACUAGAUGCAACUAGCUUAGCAGAAUGGUCGACUAAAGUUGCCGAUAUUGGCUCAUCUAUAGCUGGAGACUUCAUAGCCAAGGGACCCACCAAAGUGCUGUAUGCCCAAGCCCCGGAACAUUUGAUGAGUAUUUUCCCUAACCAACAUUUUUUGCAAAAUUUCAAGAGUAAUAAGACUCUUGAAGGGGUCAGUAAUUGGCAGCACUUUGAGUGUGAGGUGUGCAAGGACAAGCACGGCCACCCCUUGGUGGCGGUUGGCGAAGACAACUUUGCCAUUCACCUCAACAGCCGGAGACACAAGAAGGCCGUUGGCUACAUGGAGAGAAAGCGGAAGCACGAAGAAAUGGUUGAAAAAUACAAGAAACCAAAAGUUUUGCAGCCCUAAACCUGCGGUUACCCGGAUUGUUUUCACAGUUAUUUUUUUUUCAGUUUUUUUUUUUUUCAGU